CGGACCCAGCCGAGCCCCGGCGAGCCCCCCGGACCCUUCACCCGGAUCUCACGCCCCUCCCCUCCCAGACCCCAGACCCGAGAGUUCCCACCCUCUCCGGCUUCCCUCCUUCCUCCCCCGCCGGCGCCUGUAUCUCCAUCCCCAGCAUCCUCCCCGCGCCCCAGAGAAUCCCCCGCACGACCAGCCCCAUUAGCUUCCCACCCUCCUAAAGACCCCCUCUCCGACCCCCAUUCGCGGCCCCUGUCCUUUGAGUCCCCAUUCCCCGCCCCUGCCUCCCCCGCACCGGUUCUUCUCCCCAGCCUCGGGUCCCUCUUUUUUGCCCCCUUUUCCUCCCUCUCCCGUAUUUGCCCCCACUCCUGUCCUCCCCGCCCUCCCCCGCCCAUCUCAGCGCCCCCACCCAGGCCGGGGUGCACGGUCCGGCGCGCCUCCCUGGAGCAGCACCAAGGUCCCGGGGCUCCAACGGGGUGGGGGCUCAGGGCGGGGAGCAUGGGGAGGGGGCGCCCCGUGUGAUGGGAGGGGGGCGCAAGCGGAGGCGGCGGAGGCGGCGGCGACAGCGGAGCCGGGCCGGGAGCUCAGCGGGGUCCGGGGGCUGCGGGCAGCGAGCAGGGCGGCCCCAUGGCCGGGCCCCCCUGAGGCAGUCCGGGGGAGUUCCCUCCCCUCCCCAGCUCGGGGGUCUCGGGGCCCCAUGAGCCGGGGCGCGGGCGCGCUUCAGCGCCGGACAACGACCUACCUCAUCUCACUGACCCUGGUCAAGCUCGAGUCGGUGCCUCCGCCACCGCCUUCUCCGUCUGCGGCCGCAGCCGGCGCCCUCGGGACCAGAGGUGCCGAGACCGGGGAUCCUGGCAGCCCCCGAGGCGCGGAGGAGCCGGGCAAGAAGCGGCACGAGCGUCUCUUCCACCGGCAGGAUGCGCUGUGGAUCAGCACCAGCAGCGCGGUCGCGGGGGGCGCCGAGCCCCCCGCCCUGUCCCCGGCUCCGGCCAGUCCGGCCCGCCCCGUCUCCCCCGCUCCCGGCCGCCGCCUCUCCCUCUGGGCCGCCCCUCCGGGGCCCCCGCUCUCCGGGGGACUGAGCCCCGACCCCAAGCCCGGGGGCGCCCCCACAUCCUCCCGGCGCCCCCUGCUCAGCAGCCCGAGCUGGGGGGGCCCGGAACCCGAAGGCCGGGCGGGCUGCGGCGUCCCCGGCUCGUCCUCCCCGCACCCCGGCACCGGCAGCCGGAGGCUCAAGGUGGCGCCUCCUCCGCCGGCUCCCAAGCCUUGCAAGACCGUGACCACGAGUGGCGCCAAAGCCGGCGGGGGCAAGGGCGCGGGGAGCCGUCUGUCAUGGCCCGAAAGCGAGGGCAAGCCCAGGGUCAAGGGGUCAAAGAGCAGCGCCGGGACUGGAGCUUCUGUCGCCGCCGCCGCCGCCGCCGGAGGAGGGGGAGCGGCAGCCACGACCUCUGGUGGGGUCGGGGCUGCGCCUGGAGCCCGAGGGAAGCUGUCCCCUCGGAAAGGCAAGAGUAAGACCUUGGACAACAGUGACUUGCACCCGGGACCGUCUGCCGGCUCUCCUCCUCCGCUAACCGUCCCAGCAACCCCGGCUCCAGCCGCUGCGGUCACCGCCGCCUCCGCGCAGCCCACUGGGGCUGCACCUCCAAUCACUCUGGAGCCUCCAGCUCCGGGGCUAAAACGGGGCCGGGAGGGGGGCCGAGCAUCCACUCGAGAUCGCAAGAUGCUCAAGUUUAUCAGCGGCAUCUUCACCAAGAGCACGGGGGGGCCUCCUGGCUCCGGGCCCCCUCCCGGACCCCCGGGCCUGUCUUCUGGCAGCGGGUCCAGGGAGCUGCUGGGCGCAGAGCUCCGCGCCUCCCCUAAGGCUGUGGUCAAUAGCCAGGAAUGGACUUUGAGCCGCUCCAUUCCUGAACUGCGCCUGGGUGUGCUGGGUGAUGCCAGGAGUGGGAAGUCAUCGCUCAUCCACCGAUUCCUGACCGGUUCAUACCAGGUGCUGGAGAAGACAGAGAGUGAACAGCACAAGAAAGAGAUGUUGGUGGAUGGACAGACUCAUCUAGUGUUGAUCCGAGAGGAAGCUGGGGCACCUGAUGCCAAGUUCUCAGGCUGGGCAGAUGCUGUGAUCUUGGUCUUCAGCCUGGAGGAUGAGAACAGUUUCCAGGCCGUGAGCCGUCUCCAUGGGCAGCUGAGCUCCCUUCGGGGGGAGGGACGAGGAGGCCUGGCGCUGGCACUCGUGGGGACACAAGACAGGAUCAGUGCGUCCUCCCCUCGGGUCGUGGGCGAUGCUCGAGCCAGGGCUCUGUGCACCGAGAUGAAGCGCUGCAGCUACUACGAGACUUGUGCCACCUAUGGGCUCAACGUGGACCGGGUCUUCCAGGAGGUGGCCCAGAAGGUGGUGACCUUGCGCAAACAGCAGCAGCUUCUGGCUGCCUGCAAGUCCCUGCCCAGUUCCCCAAGCCACUCAGCUGCUUCCACUCCGGUAGCUGGGCAGGCUAGUAACGGCGGCCACACUAGUGACUACUCUUCUUCCCUCCCGUCCUCACCCAAUGUUGGUCACCGGGAGCUCCGAGCUGAGGCAGCUGCAGUGGCUGGAUUGAGCACCCCAGGUUCCCUGCACCGGGCAGCCAAGCGCAGGACUAGCCUUUUUGCGAAUCGUCGGGGCAGUGACUCUGAGAAGCGGAGCUUGGACAGUCGGGGAGAGACAACAGGGAGUGGGCGAGCCAUCCCAAUCAAACAGAGCUUCCUACUAAAGCGAAGUGGCAACUCCUUGAACAAAGAAUGGAAGAAAAAAUAUGUGACCUUGUCCAGUAACGGCUUCCUACUUUACCAUCCCAGCAUUAACGAUUACAUCCACAGUACCCAUGGCAAGGAGAUGGACUUGCUACGAACAACAGUCAAAGUCCCCGGCAAGCGGCCCCCGCGGGCCAUCUCUGCUUUUGGCCCCUCAGCCAGCAUCAAUGGGCUGGUCAAGGACAUGAGCACUGUCCAGAUGAGUGAAGGCCCUGAAGCCACCACUCCCACCCCAAGCCCCAGCCCCAGCCCCAGUUCCCUGCAGCCACCACCAGACCAGACAUCCAAGCACCUGCUGAAGCCAGACCGGAAUUUGGCCCGAGCCCUCAGCACUGACUGUGCCCCGUCUGGAGACCUGAGCCCCCUGAGUCGGGAACCUCCUCCUUCUCCCAUGGUGAAGAAGCAGAGGAGGAAAAAAUUGACAACACCGUCUAAGACUGAAGGCUCGGCUGGGCAGGCUGAAGAGGAAAACUUCGAGUUCCUGAUCGUGUCCAGCACUGGUCAGACGUGGCACUUUGAGGCAGCCAGUUUUGAGGAGCGGGACGCCUGGGUCCAGGCCAUCGAGAGUCAGAUCCUAGCCAGUCUGCAAUGCUGUGAGAGCAGCAAGGUCAAGCUACGCACAGACAGCCAAAGCGAAGCCGUGGCCAUCCAGGCGAUCCGGAAUGCCAAGGGGAACUCCAUUUGCGUGGACUGCGGGGCCCCCAACCCCACGUGGGCCAGCUUGAACCUGGGUGCACUCAUCUGCAUCGAGUGUUCUGGCAUUCACCGGAACCUGGGCACACACCUGUCCCGCGUUCGCUCGCUCGACUUGGACGACUGGCCGCGGGAGCUGACCCUGGUGCUGACGGCCAUUGGCAACGACAUGGCCAACCGUGUGUGGGAGAGCGACACGCGGGGCCGCGCCAAACCCACGCGGGACUCCUCGCGGGAGGAGCGUGAAUCAUGGAUCCGCGCCAAGUACGAGCAGCUGCUGUUCCUGGCGCCGCUGGGCGCUCCCGAGGAGCCGCUGGGCCGCCAGCUGUGGGCCGCGGUGCAGGCCCAGGACGUGGCCUCCGUUCUCCUGCUUCUGGCCCAUGCGCGGCACGGGCAGCUCGAUGCCAGCGUGGAGGAUCCGCAGCUCCGCUCCCCACUCCACCUGGCAGCUGAGCUCGCCCACGUGGUCAUCACGCAACUGCUCUUGUGGUACGGCGCCGACGUGUCCGCCCGCGACGCGCAGGGCCGCACCGCGCUCUUCUACGCCCGCCAGGCUGGAAGCCAGCUGUGCGCCGACAUCCUCCUUCAGCACGGUUGCCCCGGUGAGGGCGGCAGCACGGCCACCACCCCCAGCGCGGCCACCACCCCCAGCAUCACCGCCACGCCCAGCCCCCGCCGCCGGAGCAGCGCCGCCAGCGUGGGCCGCGCCGACGCCCCCGUCGCGCUGGUAUAGUUGCGCAGCGGGAGCCAACCCCACUCCCACACGGGCCGGGCACGACACACCGGGUGAACCGCUGGACAGAUGCACCCACUCACCCCUCCAUCUGCACCCCACCGCACGGGAGCACUUCUUACCCCCACGAGGGCACAGCCCCCACGCCUCCCGGAAGACACAAACACACCUCCCUCUCCCCAACGAGGCACGGAGACCCCAGCUCAACACGCCCCCUCUCCGCUGUUUCCACACUCGGAUUGCUCUGGGUCUACCCGCUCGGCGUUUGCGAAAGGGACGCCCCGCCGCGGUACCUGCUCCUGGGCGCUUGGAUGUGCCCGCUCGCGCCCCCUAGGGGCGGGGGAAAGACUCAGUCCUGCCUGUGUUUGACAAUCUCACGGCGGGAGCAUAUACCCAGGCAGGCUCCUGGGGAGACGCCACGCCAGAGAGGGUGGGGGUUAGUACGUGGGAGGGCUAGCCCUGGGACUUGGGGCCAAUACCGGGGACCUACCCCUUCCAUGCUAAUCUCACUGCCCAGUGAAGGGGGAAGGGCAGCGAGGGGCAGGACCCCUGCUGCCCAUGGGGGUAGGGGGUCCCCAACCCUUUCCGUGAAAGGGACCAUGAGGAGUGGAAAUCAGGACGUCCCCCCACAGCCACCCAUGGAUGGAAGCUAAAGGGCCGGGGGAACCAAGAGCCUGAGUCCCUCCUCACUACUAUCUUGGGAGGGAGAAGUGAUGGAGCAGCAGCAGCCUAAGGGGACUGGGGAGGGGCCUUGUAAUUUAUUGCUUUGUUCCCCAACAAGGGGGUGGGGGCGGGCAGGGCUUGGGGAGGGCUUUUCAGGGUAGGGGAAGCCAAGGGUGGGCAGAGGGUGGGGUGGGGUGGGGGUGCUCUCGGGUUGUGAGUGUCUGUGACCGUGACUGCGUACCUGUGACUGUGCAGCGCCCGUGGUGAUCUGGGGUAGGGGGCACCCCUACAAUGGGACCCCUCCCCCACUAUUCUUCCUGUCCAGCCCCUCCCUCCCACUGGAGCAGCUUCAGACCCAUCCCUCAACCCCACGAUUCCUCCCAGCCAGAGCUAAGAGGAUGUGAGGUGGCUGGGAGGGUUUCCAGGCCCCCUGCUCCAUCCCCAGAAAGGGGGUGGUGGGGUGGACUUCCUCGCCCAGCCCUGCCCCCCUUCAUCAGUCCAGCCCUUGGGCCAUCUGUGUCAGUGGUUUCCGGUCUCUUUUUUUUUUUUUUUCCAGCUAAAAUAUUUUGCAAAGGACCAGGUAACUGAGGAGGGGAGAGGGGUGGAGGCAAGGGGGAAUACCCCCCUCAUCUCCUCCGAGGCAGAUGGUGUGACUCUUCAACAGCAAUUAAAGAGGAAGUGAUUUUGUCUA